AUGCUUCCGGACGGGAAGAUGUAUCCGUUAUUGACCAGACCCCAAAAUAACAGUGGGUUUAAGCCACUGCCUGUUGUGAUCAUAGGGAAUGGACCUUCAGGAAUCUGUCUCUCAUAUUUGCUGUCAGGCUACAUCCCUUACUUCAAAAGAGAUUCUCUUCAUCCUCAUCCUAUUCUUCAGAGGAAACUGGAAGAAGCACCAGAUGUCUCCAUUUUAGACCAGGAUUUGGAGUAUCUUUCUGAAGGCUUGGAGGGACGAUCCCACAGUCCUGUGGCUCUUCUGUUUGAUACUCUUCAGCAUCCAGACACAGACUUGGGUGGAAGAGCAGAAUCUGUCCUCACUUGGUGGCAUGAGACUGACAGAGCCAUCCCCCACCUGGUCCUGGGCAGAAAUGCUCCUGGAGGCGUCUGGCAUUCUAUUGAGGGCUCUAUGGUUACCCUGAGCAGGGGGGAAUGGAUGGGGCUCCCAGAUCUCCCCUUCAAGGACUGGCUAAAGCAAAAGAGAAGAGGCCUCAGGAACAAUAGAGCCACAGCAGAAGACAUUGCUCAAUAUUACCAACACUAUGUGAUGAAGAAAGGGUUGCAGAAGAACUUCAGAUGUGGUACUGUUGUGACCUCUGUGAGGAGAGUGAGCGCAGAGAGCAUCUCCAACCACGCACAGAAAGAUCUGCAGGAGAAUAGUGACUCGCUCUGGAACUUCAAUGAAGAAAGUACAGAGGUCUUUCAGGUGGAUGGAUAUUUCAAAACUCUGAAAGAUGAUAAAGAGCCCUUCUCUAUCUAUGCAGAGAAUGUGGUCUUAGCUACGGGAACGUAUGAUAGUCCUACUUGGCUUGGGGUCAGAGGAGAGAACCUUUCCCAUGUCCAUCACCAGCUGUCUGCCCUCGAGGAAGCGGUGAAGAACAACAGCAUUAGCAUCAUGUCAGAUCCAGUCUUGAUUGUAGGUGCUGGUCUGACAGCUGCUGAUGCAAUUCUCUUUGCUCACCAUUGCAAUAUUCCAGUAAUCCAUGUUUUUCGGAGACGAGUCAGUGAUCCAGGCCUUAUUUUUAACCAGCUCCCCAAAAUGAUGUACCCUGAAUACCACAAAGUCCAUCAGAUGAUGAAAGAACAGUCAGCCGCUUGUGCCGGGCCCUAUGAGCGUUACGUUAGCCUUCCUGAACAUCAUGUGCUAUCCUUCGGCAAGGACAAGAAAUGCAUCUUUCAAGACAAGAAUGGCUGCCAGAAAGUUUAUAAAAUUUCCAUGGCUCUUGUUCUAACUGGCUCAAACCCCAACCUCUCCUUUCUGCCAAAUAAUGGCAUUGACUUGGCAAUGGACAGUGACAAACCAGUCAAUCCAAAGAGGAACCCCAUAGAUGUUGACCCAUUCACCUAUGAAUGCACUCAGGAGAAAGGGCUUUAUGCUCUAGGACCUCUGGCUGGAGAUAACUUUGUACGAUUUGUACAGGGAGGGGCUCUGGCUGUUGCCAGCUCUCUGUUAAAGAAAGCAAACAAAAAUCCCCCCUAACAAAAAAAAAAAAUCCCCAUGCUGUGUCUGAAUGGGUUACUGCUGUGUUCUCAGAGAAGCACGUCAUGCAAUUUGUACAUCCUCAAAUGUAAAGCCCACUCCUGGUAUUCUCCAAGGUUACUAAGAGAGAGUUACUCA